AUGGCGUCGAACGGCCUCCGCGCCGCGGGCGGCAUCGCGAAGAAGAAGGCGGCUAAGGUCGCACAAGGGUUCGCGAACAUCGAGUUCAAGAAGUCGUUCGGGCAGCACAUUCUGAAGAACCCGCUCGUCGUCCAGUCCAUCGUCGACAAGGCGGGCGUCAAGAGCACCGACACCGUCCUCGAGAUUGGCCCCGGGACGGGCAACCUGACGAUGAAGCUCCUGGAGCGCGCGAAGAAGGUCAUCGCGAUCGAGUACGACCACCGCAUGGUCCUCGAACUCACGCGGCGCGUCGCGGGCACGCCCUACCAGAGCCAGCUCACCAUCAUCCACGGCGACUUCAUGAAGGUCGACCCGCCGUACUUCGACCUCUGCGUCGCCAACGUGCCCUACAACAUCUCCUCCGGCAUCGUGUUCCGCCUCCUCGCGAAGCCCACCUUCCGCGCAGCCAUCAUCAUGUUCCAGCGCGAGUUUGCCAUGCGCCUCGUGGCGCAGCCGGGGGACCCGCUCUACUGCCGGCUCUCCGCGAACACGCAGCUCCUCUCGCGCGUGCACCACCUGCUCAAGGUCGGGCGGAACAACUUCCGCCCGCCGCCCAAGGUGGACUCGUCAGUGGUGCGCAUCGAACCGCGCCCCGGGCCGCCGCCCGUGAGCUUCCAGGAGUGGGACGGCCUCACGCGCCUCGCCUUCUCCCGCAAAAACAAGACGCUCGGGUCCAUCUUCAAGCAAACCAAGGUGCUGAGUCUUCUCGCGCAGAACUACAACACGCACCGCGCGCUGGUCGGCGCGGCGGGCGGGCAGCUCCCGCAGAACGACCUCAGCAAGUACGUGGCGCAGCUCGCGCACGGCGUCGACGACGACGGCGACGCGGAGAUGGACGACGCAGCCCCUGCGGCGCCGAGCGCGGGCGCCAGCAUGCCCGGAACGAUCGGGACGUCGACGGCGAAGGAGCGCAAGCGCGAGAACGCGGACUUCAAGGCCGCGGUGGCCAAGGUGCUCCAGGAGAGCGGGUACGCCGAGAAGCGGGGCGCCAAAAUGGACCAGGACGACUUCUUCAAGCUCAUAGGCGCGUUCAACAGAGUCGGCGUGCACUUCGCGUGA